AUGCCUACAUACUUGUGCCAUGGAUUCCGGUGGUACCGCCGCAGCAUCCGUAUCUUUAUCAUCCUCAACGACCUCGAAGACUGCACGCCAGACUGGAUCAUCGGGCGAGACACGGCCGCCUUAAUUCUCAGCCAAUUCGCCGAGUCGUUUGACUUUGUACCAAGGCUGGAAAACGAAGACGGCACCGUCACGCGACCCGGGUCCAACGAGACGACGCCCACACGAGAGAAGCAGCCACAGUCUUACGACGAUGAUUUGGCCAUGCCUGUAUCCAAGGUGCCUGCCGGCGAGGACAGCGUGCUCGUACAUGAAUGGUCACCAGUAAAACUCUUGGAGGAAUACCAUGUAGACGAAGCGGAACAUGCUGCGAGGCCAUACGCAUACGUGGCCGAUCAUGUCGUCCGUGUGGAUCUCGGGGUAGACAUUGUGGCAGAAAUGGCAAGGUACGAGGAUACGGUCAAGCAAACCCAGUCGCAGUGGUUUGAACAGCUACGUGCCCAAGUCCAAGCGGAAGAGCAAUCACGGUGGUAUGUGGUUGUUUGUGACGACACAGAUCGGGAGGCACCAGAAAGCUACUACGACGGCGGGGGUGGAGAAUUGCCCGAGAUGGAAGCAGCUCGACAACCUCAACCUCAACCACAACCACAACCGCGGCCAGGUGUGAUAUCAAGGACAGGUACGUCGUCCAUGGCAGGCGAUCGACUGGACUCGGGCGACGCUGGGGGAGACUCGUUGGGGAGCAGACCGGACGUACCAACGCAGCCCACCUUCCUUGGCCAGGAUCCCUUCAAGAAAGAGCUGCCGCCAACCCCGCGAUUGAAGAAGAAGCUAUCCAUACGACGACUUUUUUCCAAGAAGGAUCCGUAG